GAGCUAAAGAGUAAUCGAAGCAUUGUAAAGCAGUCAUCUGCUCGAGAGCUACUUCGACCCCACUCCUCCAAGUUAGUCGGCACCAAUCGCGCUCAUCAUCGCCUUUGUGUGCUGGUGGCCACACCGCUGACUCCCUUUAGACAGUACCACUGGGCUUGGAAUCUCGUCAUGCGUGAAAGCAUUCUUGAAAAUUCCAGUUACUGGCACCUCCGAAUUGGGGCAGCGCACGCUAAGGAGAGCGCGGAAUCUGUUGUCAACUCUGUUGCCCAUCCUGAAACGUCUCGCGCUUCCACACGACGGGUUCACUGGGAAGCACUCAGCUCAGCACCCGGUUUCGUGAGGACACCUAAGAGACGCCUCGCACGGCACGUUGACACAAUUUAA